CUUCGAGACGACGACGAUGUCUGCGCCGAAGAUGCUGUUGUUGCUUCUCGCAGCAAGCUUGAUGGCACACGCCGCUGCCGAAGGCUUGAAAUCCGUCAUGGGUAUCGUCAAUACGAAGCGCUCCGUGAAGCUGGACCCGAGUGUGCAACACAUUCCGCUUGACCCGGCAAACGCAGUGCUGCGGCCGCCCCCGGCACAGAUCCCUGCGUCCUUCGACAUCUUCGUUGGUCUCUCAGUCUUCCGUGACGGCUUUCGCUGUGGCAAGACCAUCUUCACCGGGCUCAAACGCGCAAAGUACCCUGAGCGCCUCUUUUUCGGAGUGGUGGACCAGGUAAACGACGGUGACGAGCGCUGCCUCGAUGAGUUUUGUAAGAUGGCUGAGGCUGAGUGGCCCGACAAGGGAUCGUGUCCUUACAAGGACCACAUCCGCGUAGACGUACACCAGGCUUCCGAAUCACGCGGCCCCACUCUUGCGCGCCACCAGCAGCAGAAGUUGAUUCAGCAAGAAGAAUUCUGUCUGCAGCUGGAUGGCCACAGCAUUUUCACGAACCUUUGGGACGAGAAUCUGCUGGCUGAGUGGAAGCGCGUCAACAACGAAAUGGCCGUGCUGUCCACGUACUUGCACCACAUCCACGACUUCGUCAAGGAGAACGGCGACAACGCGCUUUCCGCUUCGUUGCCACAUCUGUGCUCGACCGUGCGAGGGUCCAAUGGUCUGGUACGUACUGUUGGCGCUAGUAUGAUUAGCAACUCCAAGUUCCCGCAGCUGGAAGCCCUUUGGGGUGCUGGCCUAUCUUUUAACAAGUGUCAUGCAGAGCGUCGUGUCCCGGUGGACUCGCAUACGCUAUGGAUGUUUGACGGUGAGGAAUUCUUGCGUGCGUCUCGGUUAUGGACUAGUGGAUACGACAUGUACUCUCCCAGUGUGUUGGGUUCCGUUAUCUACCACAACUACUCCAAGGUGCCUGCUCGCUUCGAACACAUUACGGUGGAUCCGCAAGUGAAGAAGCGCGAGAGCGAGAUGGCUGUGAACCGCUUUAACCACCUGGUCGGUAAGCCCAUUAAGGGCAUGGUCGACACGUAUGAGCUGGAUAAGUAUGGUUUCGGAUCAGUGCGCUCUUUCGAGUCGUAUCUGAAGUUCUCUGGUGUGACGUUCCAGCAAGGUGUGAACGAUACCGAGUCGUGCGAGCAGCUCCACUGGGUACCGUAUGAAAAUGCGACGGAGGUGGAAACUUUAAUGGGAAAUGGUUGGAAGCUUCACGCGACGACAGCUGAAGCUGCCGAGCCCACCCCGCAUCAACAGGUUGCCCAGGAGGUUGAGCAAGAGGGAGUAAAAACACAAAUAUUGAAGACCACGAGCAAGACUGUUCUACCACCGAAGGAACAGGCAGUUGUCGAUGAUGAUCCGCACGCUGAAGUUGCAAGACAUGCUGCAGACGCCCACGCCGAGAAUGGUGCAGACAUUGGUGAAGAUGAACAAAUGGAGGAGGCGAAAGCGCGAUUGCGGCAAGAAGUGGUGGACAAUCGCACAGCUAAGGGCCCCUCCACCGCUCCAGUUUGGUUCUUCCUGUUUUUUGUCGUGGUUGCCCUGUUCGUGACACUUUCAAAUGACAGCGUGUCGCGCUCAAUCCGGCUGACAUUUUGUGCCAGUGCGCCACACAUGCACAGCAGCAAAGAAUAA